ACACGUCCUUACACUACCUUCCUAUCGACGUAAAGCUUGACGAUAUUUUGUGGCAGGACACGAACGAGCCUUCGUACGACACAGAAGAUCUAGAAUUGAUUACAAAGGAGGUGGUGGAAAAUCUCGUAUUCUCUUGAUCUGUACAGCCAUGGCUACGACGGCAACGAAACUAUCGACGAGCAGUCAGACGCUAAAACGCCUUCUGAGCGAAUUAAAAAGCAUCAAUAUGGGCUCAAGCUCUUUAGCGGCAAAAUACAUUGUGGAUCAAUACCGUCGCUUCGAAACCACGGAACAGGUACACUGCCGGGCGAAGGAAGAAUUGCAGUUUACGGCCGAAACGUACCUGAGCUACUUGGAGAGCACGCGCAAACUGAAGGAAUUGAAUGAAAGCUACCGUGGCAAGGGGGAACGUAGCAUUCGCGAUACGGCCGAUAUGGUCGGAUUUAAGCUCCCUCACGAUCCUAAAUAGAUUGAUGUAACCUUAUCAAAGAAAAUACAUCGCCUAGAAGAC